UUGCAUGGGUGUAUUGCAGGAGGUCCUUGGUGAGGAAAAGGUGAAGCAGGUUCUUCAGGAGCGAGAGCUUAAGGUGUACUGGGGCACAGCGACCACUGGCAAACCCCACGUAGCUUACUUUGUCCCCAUGUCCAAGAUAGCAGACUUCCUUAAGGCUGGCUGUGAGGUUACUAUUCUGUUUGCAGACUUGCAUGCCUACCUAGACAACAUGAAGGCUCCCUGGGAUCUGCUGGAGCUCAGGGUGAAGUACUAUGAACAGGUCAUCAAGGCCAUGUUGGAGAGCAUUGGUGUGCCUCUGGAAAAACUGAAGUUUGUCAAAGGAACAGAUUUCCAGCUCAGCAGAGAAUACACUCUAGAUGUGUAUCGGAUGUCCUCGAUGGUGACAGAGCAUGAUGCUAAGAAGGCUGGAGCUGAAGUCGUCAAACAGGUGGAGCAUCCUCUGCUGAGUGGCCUGCUGUACCCAGGACUACAGGCUCUGGAUGAGGAGUACCUGAAGGUGGACGCCCAGUUUGGAGGAGUUGACCAGAGGAAGAUUUUUACUCUGGCAGAGAAGUACUUGCCCUCUCUUGGCUACGCUAAGCGUGCCCAUUUGAUGAACCCGAUGGUCCCAGGACUGACUGGAGCGAAGAUGAGCUCCUCAGAAGAAGAGUCAAAAAUUGAUCUACUAGACUCUAAAGAAGUUGUGAAGAAGAAGCUGAAGAAGGCGUUCUGUGAGCCAGGCAACAUCGAGAAUAAUGGAGUCCUGUCUUUUGUCAAAUAUGUCGUCUUCCCUCUACUUGGAGACUUCUGCAUCAAAAGGGACCCUAAAUGGGGUGGAGACAAAGUCUACACUGUGUUUGAAGAGGUGGAGAAGGACUUUGCUGAGGAGAUGAUCCAUCCAGGAGAUCUGAAGGCCUCGGUAGAAGUGGCACUACACCAGCUGCUGGAGCCCAUCAGAAAGAAGUUUGAGUCGCCCGAGCUCCGCCAACUCACCAGCUUGGCCUACCCUGACCCCUCGAAGAUAACAGUAGGCCAGACAGGAGGAGGAGGAGGGGACAAUGACC